AUGGGCAACGCGGAGGGGUGUGGUGGUCGUUCGCAGUCCAGGAUAGAAGCACAGUCCAAGUGUGUGGUGGUCGUUGACCCCUACUCCACUGGUGCGUGCUUGGCAUUGGAGUGCAUGUCUCGAGGCUAUCAGGUGAUUGUCGUCUGGAGCAAGGAGAUCUCGGACGAGAUGAAAAGCCACAUCCCUGGCACGUGCGCCGACCUGAAAUACGUAGCUGAGGUCACAGAGAUGGGCACUAUCGAAAUGGUGGCUACCGCUGUGAAGGGGGUUGUCCCCACGGAGCUAGCGGCCGUGAUCGUAGGCGGCGAGUCGGGCGUGCCUCUGGCGGACGCGCUGUCCGAGCACCUGGGCGUGCGCACCAACGGGACACAGAUCCCGCAGCGCCGCGACAAGAAGAUCCAGCAGGAGCUCGUGAAGGCGGCGGGGCUUCGGUCGGUGCGCCAGGCGGGGGGCACGCGCUUGAAGGACGUGGAGGAGUUCCUGAGGACCGAGCAGAUGCUGGUGGUGGUGAAGCCUGUGGAGUCGGCUGGCUCCGACGGCGUGAAGCUGUGCCACUCGGAGGAGGAGGCGCGCGAGCACUUCGAGGUUCUGAUGGGCGCGCAGCAGAAGGUGGGCAGCCAGGGCGCCGCGGUGCUGUGCCAGGAGUUCCUGAAGGGCAAGGAGUACGUGGUGGACCACGUGUCGAGGGACGGCGUGCACAAGACGGUGAUGGUCUGGGUGUACGACAAGCGCGCCGUGAACGGCGCCGCGUUCGUGUACCACGGCAUGCUGCCGGUGGCAUCGGACUCCCCGGAGGCGCAGGCCGUGAUCCCCUACGUCCGCGGCGUGCUGGAUGCGCUGCAGAUCAAGAACGGGCCCACGCACGGCGAGGUGAUGAUGACGCCCGACGGCCCCUGCCUCGUCGAGAUGAACUGUCGCGCGCACGGCGGGGACGGGGCGUGGAUGCCGCUGGCGCGCGCGCUCACUGGCGGCUACUCGCAGGUGGACGCUGCGGUGGACAGCUUCCUGGACGCACAGCAAUUUGAGCAGCUGCCCGACAGGCCGCCCAGCCCGUUCUUGGCGGCAGGGCAGGAGGUGAUGCUCGUGUCGUUCACAGCUGGCACCGUGACUGGCCUGCCGGGGUACGACAGGAUCCGCGCGCUGCCCUCUUUCCUGCACCUGGAGGGGCCCAUCAAGCCAGGCGACAAGAUCGAGCGUACCGUGGACCUCUUCACCAACGUGGGGUCCGCCCUCCUCAUGAACAAGGACCCUGAGUCUCUCGCCAGGGACGUGCAGGCCAUCCGCGACAUGGAGGCCGACUUCUCUAUGUUCGAGCUCGAGGAGCAUCCCAUGCGCCUCAAGCGACCCCGCGCCAACAGCGAGCUGCGUGACGUCUCCACGCCCACGCCUCGCGUGCGCGCUUUCUCAGAGAAUCGACCCGAUCUUGCUGACUUCUCCGAGUCGCGUUCGCGGGCCUAUUCCGAGCAUCGCCCCAGCCUGGCCGAGCUCCCCGAGGACAGCUCUGACGAGCAGGUACGCGCGGUGGUUGUCGUGGACCCUUACUCCACAGGUGCAUGCGUGGCGCUGGAGUGCUUCCAGCGCGGCUUCAAAGUCAUAUCCAUCUGGAGCCUUGCUGCCACCGAGGAGCUGCGCGACCCGUCGCAUCAGCCUCAGAGCUGUCGCGAGCUGGUUUAUUCAAGACCUCUCCGAGGAGAAGGCCAUGGAGGAGACAGGCGAGGCCGUCAGGCAGGCUUGCGGUGA